CUUUAAAUCUUCCUGCUCCGCCUCUGGUCUCGCGCUCAGCGUGCGCGCGCAUCUCCCCGGCAUGGCCGCAGGUGCGGACUCUCCUCUCUACCUGGGCCUGGACUUCAGCACCCAGCAGCUGAAGGUGGUGGCCAUCGAUGGAGACCUGGGCGUGGUCCACCAGGACAGAGUCCACUUUGACUCUGAGCUACCUGAGUUCAGGACUCAGGGGGGAGUUCAUAUCCAUGAGGACCAACUGACCGUCACCUCACCUGUGCUCAUGUGGGUCAAGGCUCUGGACCUGCUGCUGGACAGGAUGAAGAGCGCCAGGCUGGACUUCUCCCGGGUCAAAGCGCUGUCUGGCAGCGGCCAGCAACACGGCAGCGUGUUCUGGAAGAAAGGAGCCGCCGGCGCUCUGGCCCGGCUGGACCCGGCUCAGCACCUGUACCGGCAGCUGCAGGACAGCUUCUCGGUGCAGGACAGUCCCGUGUGGAUGGACUCCAGCAGCAGCCAGCAGUGCCAGGACCUGCAGGAGGCAGCAGGGGGCGCUGUGAGGCUGGCAGAGAUCACCGGCUCUAGAGCCUACGAGCGCUUCACAGGAAACCAGAUCUCCAAACUUCGGCAAACCCGAGCAGAGCAGUUCCAGGACACUGAGAGGAUCUCAUUGGUCAGCAGCUUCGCAGCCUCCCUCUUCCUCGGCGCCUACGCCGCCAUCGACUACAGCGACGGUUCUGGGAUGAAUCUGUUGGACAUCCGGAGCAGAAACUGGUCUCAGAUCUGCCUGGAAGCUUCAGCGCCUAACCUGGACCGGCUGCUAGGAGCUCCGCUUCCAUCCACGUCUGUCCUGGGUCCGGUCUCCUCCUACUUUGUGCGUCGCUACGGUUUCUCUGAGAGCUGCAGGGUGGUGGCGUUCACCGGAGAUAACCCAGCAUCUCUGGCGGGGAUGAGGCUCCACCAGGGAGACGUUGCUGUCAGCCUGGGGACCAGCGACACCGUCUUCCUGUGGCUCCAGGAGCCCCGCCCCGCCCUGGAGGGACACGUCUUCUGCAACCCUGUGGACCUGCAGGCGUACAUGGCUCUGCUGUGCUUCAAGAACGGCUCGCUGACCAGAGAACGGAUCAGGAACCAGAGUUCUGCAGGAUCCUGGACCGCGUUCUCCGAGGCUCUGAGGGCCUCGCCUCUGGGGAACCAUGGGAACAUCGGCUUUUACUUUGACACCAUGGAGAUCACUCCUCCCGCCGUUGGAGUCCAUCGCUUCGACUCUAACGACUGUGAGGUGUCCCGGUGGAGUCCAGAGGUGGAGGUCCGGGCUCUGGUGGAGGGCCAGUUUCUGUCCCGCCGGCUCCACGCAGAGAGACUGGGAUACUCUAUCAUGUCAGGAACCAGAGUUCUGGCCACCGGAGGAGCUUCUGCCAACAACCAGAUCCUGCAGGUUCUGUCUGACGUCUUCAACGCUCCGGUUUACACCAUGGACCUGUCCGACUCCGCCUGCUUAGGCUCCGCCUACCGGGCGCUGCAUGGUUUAGUGGCAGAAUCUGGAGCCUCCUUCCUGGAUGUGGUGAAGAACGCUCCAGAACCUCAGCUGGUCUGCACCCCCCACCCCACAGCGCAGCAGGUGUACGGCCAGAUGUUGAAGCGCUUUGCGCGGUUGGAGGACCGGGUCCUGCAGAGGACGCGCACCUGAGACCCGGCUGACCAAUCAGGAUGAAGCUGCUGACUGCGUAGCGCUUUUAUCCUGCAGAUGAACUCUGAGGAUGUUACCUUGGUGACAGCAAACACCAGCCCAGAGGUCGUGACCCAACAGGACCAACAGAACCACCGUGUGGACCCACAGAACCACCGUAUGGACCCACAGUUAGCUGAUGAAACGGGUCAUUGUAUCAAACGGUGUGAAGCAAUAAUUACUGUCACCUUUCUCUCUAAAUAAUAAAAUCAGGUUUAAAUUCA